AUGAAUGAAGAGAAAUUGAGAGUGGACAAGUUCAUCGAAACACACCGGCGGGAGUCCAUGACAACGUUUGAGAAUUUCGACGCGGAAAGACAGUCUCUCAACCUGCAAGUCGAAUCUCUCCUCCAGAAGCAUAACACAAAGCACACUGCCAUCACCCAGCAGCUCUAUGAAAAGGCUGUUUCCCUGUACAAAUUCCUACAGUCGUUUGAUGCUUUUUUGGCGCGGUUGGUAUUGGCAUGUCCGGAAGUAUUUGAAAACGUUGCUACGCAACAAAUGAAAUGCGUGGAGGUGAAGCUCGCCGUAAAGAACAUGUUAUCUUCUGCAUGCCAGACGGAAAUCCAGCCUGGCGCACGGAAUGUGUUUGCCAAAAUCAGGGAGCAUGAGAGCUUGCUUUCGACAUGCGUGGAUCUUCCCCUCUUGUUUGGCGUUGUGUUGAUCGAAAAGAGAAGGCAGUUCGAGUGGCACGACUUCUACUCCAAGGGCAUCAUUGCCAACGUGUCAGAGCAGCUUGCCGUGAUCAUCGAAGACGAGAAAAUCUACCAGAAACUCUGGAUCAAGGAGUUUGGGUCACUCAUCAAACUCUUCAACCUGAAUACAGAUAUGCACGUGCGCGUGCCAGCCAUCGACGUUACUUUGGUCAAUUCUGGCUUGUUUCUGUCGGAAAACUCGGUGCUCCACUGGCUUGGCGACAGCCGGGUAGAAAGAGCAGAUGUAUUGAACUACAUCGAAAGUGUGCGGCAUCAUCGCUUCGUUAACAAUGACCGUUUUGCAGCUUUGUUGGAGAAGAACUUCAGGGGGUUGGUGAUGUGCACGGAAAAGCUCAAGGCCGUGACAAAAGCCGUGGUGUCCUUGCGAUCCCACGCCAUGCUGCGUUCAGACGUCAGUCUGCAGCUGCAGCUGCGUGUCCAGGAGAACGGUCUAGGCGUCGAAGAAGACGAGGACCUCAAGUUGAUCAAAGGGCUCAAAUCGCGCGUCAAAAAACUAGAGGAUCUUCUCCAUCAGCAGCAGUUUAAGAACUUGACAGGCUGGCCGGUGGUGAAGUCAAAUGACGGGCAGCCCUCCGAAACCAAGGCAAGCUUGCUCUUGUCCAAGCCAAGAACAGACCUGGCCGUACACAACCCCAUCAAUCUUUUGCCAAAGACAGUCCCUCUGAGAAAGCCAUCGCAAGAACUGGUGAGCGAGCUAUCCAAUCGCAAGUAUAUGGAUGCCUCAACCACAAUAGAUAAGCAUCUCGACAACAUCCGGCUCCGGAGAGAGAACAGUGAAUUGCGCGCGGCAGCGUCCGAGCUUGCCAGUCAAAACGGCUCUUUAAAGUCUGAUCUUGAGGCGUGCCGCCAAACCUGCGAAGAUUUGAAGCUGGAACAUGAGGAGGUGAGGCUGGGGCUCGAAGAGCAGGUCGCUCUGACAAGGGCCGCGGCUGAUGAAGAGAAAUCUCGACACAAGGAAGAAACUGCAUCACUCCAGAAAGCCCACGAUACAGCAGUCGAGGAGUUGAAAACUCGCUUGGCCAGCCUCGAAAAAACUCUCGAAUUGAAGCAUUCCCAGAACUCAAGCCUCGAGUCGGAAAUCGCUGACAACGAGGCGUUGAGAGACGAGAUUUCGACGUUGACUGCGAAGUUGAGCGACUUGCUGGUGAUGAAUGCCGAGCUUCUUUCCAACAUGCAAGCCAAGGAGUCGGAGGUCAGCACGGAGCGGAGCGAAACGGAAAAAAGGACCAAGGACUUGGAAUACAAGCUCGAGGAAAAAACAGAGGACUUCGAGCACUUGAUGGAGAUGACGCAGGGCAAGCUGCGGAGCAUGGAGGAGCUUCUCACGGCCACCAACAGAUGCAUCCGGAGCCUUCUCGGCGGGGUGGGGGGACUUUUGGCGAGCCACGUGAAGUAUUUCCAUGACCUCUGUGUGAUUUUGGAGUCCAUGGGGCUUCUUCUAGUGCGGGAAGUGAACGGCGAGACUAAGCUCCCGGAGUUCCGGAUCCGCAGGGUGAAGGGCUUGCGGUCUAAGAAGGACACCGACGGCAGCAGGCCCCACUUGGAGCGCACCCAGUCUACGGCAGUACAAGAGAUCACAAAAGGAUUUGAGUGGAUUACGGGAUUUGCCGAGCAGCAGAUGCAGACCAUAGAGCCGGGCGCCGGAGCAGAAGACGUUCUGGCGUCCGCCGAGGAAAUCACACACGACCCCGAUGCGCUCGAAGCCGAAACGCAGCAGCUCCUCCAGUUGUGUGAGACGUACGUUAUGAGCAAGGGCGGGGCGGCGUCGAAGGUGUCCGAGUUCCUCGGCACCGUUGCCUUUGAGGAAAACGUGCAGCUCCAGGCCCAUGAGGACGGCCGCGAGUUCUCCACAGACCGGUUCUUCCCCAACGGGAUCAUCAAGCGCUUCAAUGACGUGGAGGGCUUUGCCAAGAGGUUGACGAAAGAGACCAAAGCCAAGAGCUCGGAGCUCGCCAAGGCCACGAAGCAGGCGAACGGCAAGGUCUCCGUGAAGAACUUCCAGGCAGGCGACUUGGUGCUUUUCUUGCCGACCCGCAUCGAGCACGCCCACGACAACCGCGAGGCCGAGCCGGCCGUCACGCCAUGGGCGGCUUUCAACAUCGACGCGCCGCACUACUUCCUCGAGCUCGGCGACCGCGCAGACUCCAUUUCCAGCGAGGAGUGGAUCGUGAGCCGCAUUGCCAGCAUCACCGACCACGUGGUCACGGAGGCCAACGCACGGGACGCGGCGGCCAACCCGUUUGCGUUGAGCGUGGGCAUCACGUGGCACAUGAUCCAGACCGAGUGA